AUGUUUGCCGAACGGCUCGUCAUCCCGUCGCUCCAUCGCAAGCGAUGCCUCGAACAGCUCCAUUGUGGCCAUCCUGGUAUGCAGCGUAUGAAGGCCCUCGCUCGAAGCUACGUGUAUUGGCCCAGUUUGGAUGCUGACAUCGUCAACUUUGUCAAGGCAUGCCAACACUGUGCGGCCGUAGCCAGGUCACCUCCUCACUCUUCACCGGUGCCGUGGCCCAAGCAGACCGCUCCGUGGCAGCGCGUCCACGUGGAUUAUGCCGGUCCAAUCGAAGGCGAAUAUUACCUGAUCGCCGUCGACUCCUUCUCCAAGUGGCCAGAAAUCAUUCAAACCUCCCGUAUAACCUCGGCGGCAACCAUCAGCAUUCUCGGUGGGUUGUUUGCUCGGUUGGGUAUGCCUGUUACACUAGUCAGCGACAACGGAACCCAAUUCACGAGCGCUGAAUUCGCAGAUUUCUGCGCCUCAAACGGCAUCGAACACCUCACAACUGCUCCGUUUCAUCCACAAUCAAAUGGCCAAGCUGAACGAUUUGUUGACACGUUCAAAAGGGCUGUUACAAAAAUUCGAGAGGGGAGAGGAUCGAUACAGCAAGCGUUAGACAUAUUCCUGUUAACGUACCGAAGUACACCCAACCGGGCACUGCCAGACCAAAAGUCGCCGUCCGAGGUCAUGUUUGGUCGCAAAAUACGCACCUGUCUCGAGCUGCUACGUCCCCCAACGGUACGAACUCCAGUGGCACCGUCGGACGAUCACACAAAACCGAGGUUCUUCAGCCGGAACGAUUCGGUUUACGCUAAGCUUUAUGGCCAUAACGGUUGGAAGUGGGCUCCUGGAACAAUCAUCGAAAAAAUAGGAGACGUGAUGUAUAACGUAUGGGUCGAUGAUCGCCGAAUGCUGCGUUCCCAUAUCAACCAACUCCGGAGUCGCCUAGCUGUCGACUCGAUACCAAAGCAACCUGCCAAUCAAGCCACCUCUCGUCAGUAUUCGUUACCGCUCGACAUCCUGUUGGGUGCCUGGAAUCUACCAAAUCAAUCUUCUGGCACGCCAGCACCGUCCCUUGUUGCGAGGGGAUCUGAAUUAUCACCUGUCUCCAGUCCCGAGCAUACCUUGCUAGGUUCAGUGCCGGCGCUUGCGUCGUCUACACCACAGCAGGAAGUCUCGGCUUUCCCAUCAACGUCAUCGACAUCAACAACAUCAACAUCAACUGAAUUCGAAUCCGCCAUCGAAGUCGAAUCCGUGGUAAAUCUACCUAGACGUUCUUCACGAACCCGAAGACCGCCGAACAGGUUUGAUCCGUCCCACCUUUAUUAA